CCCGGCUCUUUCGUGCCCUUCACCCUUCCACCCUGCAAAUCGCCAACUCACUGGCGAUUGCCUCAUGCCGUCAUUCCUCGCCAUUCUCUCGUGACUUCUCCGAGCUUUUUGGCUGGAGUUCAGCUGUCCCCAAGUGAUCGUGUGAGGGAGUCUGCAGCUUCCCUCUUUCUUGCUACUCAACACCUUCAGGUUGUCGCUUUCUAGCCAGCUGUCACCAUGGACUUGCGCACUAUCAUGAACACGGAGAGCGCUGGCAACUCCAGCGCUCCCUCCCAACCACAUCCGUCGCCAUCUCAAGCGCCUCGCGAUUCCUCCGACCCCAUCUAUCCUCCGCGCGACCAGCUGCCAUCCUCAUCCUCCUAUCCGUCAGCCUUUCCCGGCCCUCCGCCGCCGCAACGAUCUCACGCAUCUCCCGAGCGCUCUUCCUCCUACGGAUCUCUUCAAUCACCUUACCAAUAUCGUCCCUCACCGGCCAUAAUUCCGGGCGCGCCAUCCCAACGAGCUCCGACCCCUCCUCCCUACGGUGCCUCCGUCUCGCGUGACUCCUUCGCCGCGUCCGUCGCUUACAAUCAACAGCAACAGCAGCAGCAGCAGUCCCCCGUCGCUCAACAACGGUCGCAAUCCAUCCAGUCUGUUCUAACCCCCUAUUCCCAUUCCUCCAACUCAUUCCAUCCCAGGGAAAGUUCCCCGACAGGCGCUGCACAACCUUAUCCGUCGCAACAUUUCUCCCCUCCGGCACAAGGAUCGCUACCGAAUACGCCACGAGGGUCUGCUGCUGCUAUCUACGCCCACCAAUCACCCCAAUCUUCUGUUCGUCCUCAAUCUUCAGGUCGUGACUCUCUUUCGAAUCGAGCUUCCAGUCCGUGGGUGGGCCCGGACGCUGCCGCUGCCGCCAUGCACGUGUCGCCCUCCACCGCGGCGCGGUCAUCGCGAGCAGAAUCAAGAACACUAGACCAAACUCCGCGCAAACACAGUUCCACCUCAGAAAGAAGGGAGUCAGACGAAAGUGUGAGCCCGAGAACUACCUUCCUCCCAGGGGCUCGUUCCGAGGCAAGUACGGCACGUCCCGACCAGACCGCUUUAUCGCAGCCAGAACACGUUGAGAAUGGAACUAUAAUCAAGGAGGGCCAAUCUACGAACCCCAGUCUUCCCACACAUCAGCAACACAUCAACAGUUCACCCUCGUCGAGAAUGUCCAUCACAAAGGAAUCGUCUGUGGAGGAUUCGGCGCCCCAGUGGGCCCAAAAAGCUAGAGUGGCUUCAGACCCGAAAAUCACGUCGAGCCCGCAACAGCCCAAGCGAAAACGGCGAAGGCUCAACGAACCGCCUAUCUACGCCCAAAGAUGUGCUCGCUCGAAAGGAAGAUGUCCCCCAAUCCCAAAGCCACACCCGCCUAUUCCCAAACACGCGAGAGACUCGCCAGCAAACCCCUGGAUCGUGCGCCAACGCGCCGUGUCCUCCGCGCAGGGAGUUGUGGCUGCUGCGGUUGCUCCUCCUGUCAAAGUAAAAGGGGAAUCCACGCCCGUGAAUGGACCUUCGACGCCGACGCCGCAGCGGCCAUCCGAACCUCCACAGGUCGGUAGCUUGGGGCCAUGGGAACCGUCUAUCACGGGGUUUAUCCCGCACGAGGAGGUCACCAAAAUCGUCGCCGAUUUCCUUUUCCAACACGUCGUGCUCCGAAAUGACGCCAUUGCAGCCCCUGCUGGGGCGGCUGCUGCCGGUCAAAUGCCUAUCAUUGAGGUGGAAGCUAAACUGGGUCAGCUCAUCGACAUGGAUCGCGGGGAGCGAAUGGUUCUGCCAAUCUUGACUGAGACUGUUGUAAACAAGGAUAACCCGCGCUUCAGGACUGCGUUUGAAAGCACUAUGACUGUGGCGCAACACCGAGCAAUGAAUAAUUUCCUCAACGAAGCGGUCAAGAUGUCCAUGCCCCAAUCAAAUCAAGGUCGCAUCCCACUUUCAUACGCGCACAAGAAGGAGAGGGAUACAUUCUACGAAGUCUCUCCCAACGAGCUUCCGCCAGUCAUCCGACAGAACCUCAAUCCGCGUCAUAAACCCAAGGUGCGUGUAACCGUCGAUCAGCGAACGGGCGAAGUCCUCGCAAAGAUCGUCAAAUGCCGCAUCGCCGACCUCGACGUACACAGCCCACGCACUUGUGUCGACUGGCGAAUCAGCGUCAACCUCGAAAUGAGCUACGACGGCGAUGUCAGUAACCUGCCCGUCGCCGACGGAAGGGGUGGUCGUGGCGGCGACCGGAACAAGGAUCGUAUGAGUUAUCGACAUCUAGCAUACCAGAUCGAUCUAACCCAGGUUGCGAAAUCAGAGCCCCCAGUCAAAGGCGAAUUCGAACACGAACUCGAAGUCGAAAUCUCCGCCGCCGAAAUCCGCCGCCAAGGCCAAAUGGCUAUGACAGGAGAUCCCAAAAACCAGUAUGAAGAACUGAUCAAGGGUUUCGUGGAUAAUGUCCGUGUUCUAGCACGAGCCGUACCGCCAUAGUUUUACCUUCAUUUAUCUCUAUCCACUUUUUUUCUUAUUCCAUCUUCCCAAGAAACUCUUUUUUUAUCUUCUCGCACAUAACACGGAUACACAAAAUUGGACGACGGGAUCGCAUGCAAUAACAACUAUUUAACUAUUCUAUGGUCGAUGAGAUGCUUAUGUAUGUUUGUGAUUUUAUUCAUUGAUUAGAUCUCUAGAGGAUUGCGUUAAGUUGUUUCUGCAAUCCCUCUCUGUUUUACUAUGUAUUUUUAUUUUGAAGUCUCAAAAGCAAGGCAAGAAGGAAUGAAUGCAAGCAAGCAAGCAAGCGGAAAG